CUGAGGCUGCUGCCAGUGGUCAAAGCCUCCACCAAAGUUCUACUGAAUUUCUGUAACCUCUCAAAGAGAAGCUGUGAAGCUCUGUCCUCAGUUCUCAGCUCCCAGUCCUCUAGUCUGAGAGAGCUGGACCUGAGUAACAACAACCUGCAGGAUUCAGGACUGAAGCUUCUGUCUGCUGGAGGGAAGAGUCCACACUGUAUGCUGGAAACUCUCAGACUGAGUGGCUGUAACCUUUCAAAGAGAAGCUGUGACGUUCUGUCCUCAGUUCUCAGCUCCCAGUCCUCUAGUCUGAGAGAGCUGGACCUGAGUAACAACAACCUGCAGGAUUCAGGACUGAAGCUUCUGUCUGCUGGAGGGAAGAGUCCACAUUGUGAACUGGAAAAUCUCAGACUGAGUGGUUGUGAUCUCACAGAGAGAAGCUGUGAAGCUCUGGCCUCAGUUCUCAGCUCUCAGUCCUCUAGUCUGAGAGAGCUGGACCUGAGUAAAAUGAACUGAAGGACUCAGGAGUGA